GGGCCAGGGCCCGGAAGCGGAUUUUGAAGGCUCUCCCAUCGCAACCCACGCGUUCCCACAGUGCUCUGCGACAGCAGCUAUGGAGGCCGGCAGGACAGCUGUGCUCCGCGUGAAGCGGAAGCGCAGCGCGGAGCCUGCCGAGGCUCUUGUCCUCGCCUGUAAACGCCUCCGGAGCGGCCCAGUCGAGUCGGCGGCCCAAAAGACGCCCCCGGAAGGUCUGGAGAGAGCGGCGGAGAGUAAUGUUUUCCAAUUGGUGGCCACGGUGCGCUCCCAGGAAGAGCCAGUCCAGCCGCUCGUGCGGGCCGCCCUGCGCCCAUCCCAGGGCAGCCAGCAGCGUAUCCGCCGCGACCUCCGCGCAUCGGCUCAGGAGAUCCGGCGGGAGGGCCGCUACAGGGUGGUCUCUAGCCGCCGAUCCUGGGGGAUUCCCUCGGGUGGCCUGGAGUCCGCGGAUGCGCCAGGAAACCCAGAAGAUGCCGAGGACGCAGGCUUUCAGCUGUUCGACCUGGUCCACGAGGAAGGAGACCUAGAGGCCGCCGCCGCGGUCUCGGGCAAAACAUCUGAUCCAGAUGUGAUUCUCUGCAAUUCUGUAGAGUUGAUUCGUGAGCGGUUGACUAUAUCUGAAGAUGGACCAAGAGUCGGGCACCAGGAGGAACAGAAGGAUGACUAUGUGUAUGACAUUUACUACUUAGAAAUGGCUACUCCAGGAUGGAUUGAUAACAUCCUCUCUGUACAGCCAUACAGCCAGGAGUGGGAGCUGGUAAGGGAACCCAGGAGGGUGAGAGAUGUGCAGGUGAAUGAUGACCAACAACCAGAAGACAUUUAUGAAGAUGAAGAUGAUGAGAACAGUGAGAAUAAUUGGCGCAAUGAGUACCCAGAGGAGGAGGAGGAGAACAGUGAUGGAGAUGAAGAUUCCAGAGGCUCCAAUGAAUUCAACAGCCUCAGUGAAGAGGAAAGAGGCAGCAGCAGACCACAGAUGUGGAGCAAAUACCCUUUGGAUGUGCAGAAGGAGUUUGGCUACGACAGCCCACAUGACCUGGAUUCAGACUGAUGAUCCUGUGAU